UUUGUGUGUGUGAUUUAGUCGUCAGUACGUGGAGAACGGAAUUCACUCCGGUAUUUUCUGUUGGCAGGUUGCCCAGUCCAUUGCGUUCUCCGGUGAUGAGGUUUUCACUGUCGUCCACGUCUGUUGACACCUGACCCGCUGCCUGACCUCACUGACCUGUAGACACGUGAACAUCAUGCAUUGGAGCCUCCUGUACUUUAGACUACCAGCAGUUGUCAACCUCUCCUCGUCUCAGACGCUGCUUUCCUCGGGAUAUCCUGCCACUAACAGCUUUCUCACAAAGACCAUCUCCGGGUUGGACAUACAGGUGCUUUGGACUACUGGUACUUUCACAAGGGUUAUCUUGACCAUCCACAUCCAUCAUCCCUUUAUUUAGUGUUGUUUAGAAGUGCUUCACCCACCCUCUUCACUGAUUUGGUCCACUACAGGCUGUCUUCUGUAUCUCCUCAUCACCUCCCAGAAGGCCUUUGGUUUGUUGACUGCAUUUUCUAGAGACUUGAUUUUUAAAGGUGGAUACAAUGCUGCGAUUCUUUAUAUUUCUACUCUCACUCGCUCCUUUCGUGUUCACGAAGGCGACAGGAAGUUGCCAAGGCACUGAAUGUCCGCCAAAGACUUGGCACAAUGUAGGAUGCUCGACUGACGACGACUGCGAUGCGCCCUACGUCACGUGCUACAAACGUGUCUGUAGGUGUGAACCCGGGUACUUCUACACCACACACGACACGUGUACUAACACUUGUAGACCAGACGACAUGCAGGACAGCUUCACAGACUAUCCUGACAGCGCUCUACGUGCAAACCUCAUUGGUAGCCCGGAUGGACUCACUGUGGAAGCCUGCAAGGACAGGUGCCUGACUGACAAGCGUUGUCUCACCUUUGAUUUCAAAGUCAGUGGAGGUCUGUGUCGGCUUCAUGAUGUCACCGCUCAUCAGUCUCCCUCAAACUGGUCUCCUAAGCGGAGCAAAGGCUGGACCCACUACCAGAGAUCCUGCAAGUCCACUUUUGCCUCAAACGACACCUGGUACAACUUAUUGUGUGACAGCAGGGUUGAUUGCCCUGACACAAACAGCGAUUGUUUGUCAGGACGAUGUUUAUGCCGUCCAGGCUUCAAGUUCAAUGAAGCCGAGAAGAAGUGUGUUGUUGCAAGCGAGCUGAAGAAGUGGCACAACACAAGCUGCACGACUGACGACGACUGCGAUGUGCACCACGCCGAGUGCUACAAACGUGUCUGUAGGUGUGAACCCGGGUAUUUCUACACCACACAGGACACGUGUACUAGCACUUGUAGCCCAGACGACAUGCAGGACAGCUUCACAGACUAUCCUGACAGCGCUCUACGUGCAAACCUCAUUGGUAGCCCGGAUGGACUCACUGUGGAAGCCUGCAAGGACAGGUGCCAGACUAACAAGCGUUGUCUCACCUUUGAUUUCAAAGCCAGUGGAGGUCUGUGUCGGCUUCAUGAUGUCACCGCUCAUCAGUCUCCUUCAAACUGGUCUCCUAAGACGAGCAAAGGCUGGACCCACUACCAGAAAUCCUGCAAGUCCACUUUUGCCUCAAACGACACCUGGUACAACUUAUUGUGUGACAGCAGAGUUGAUUGCCCUGACACAAACAGCGAUUGUUUGUCAGGACGAUGUUUAUGCCGUCCAGGCUUCAAGUUCAAUGAAGCCGAGAAGAAGUGUGUUGUUGCAAGCGAGCUGAAGAAGUGGCACAACACAAGCUGCUCCACUGACGACGACUGCGAUGUGCACCACGCCGAGUGCUACAAACGUGUUUGUCGGUGUGAACCCGGGUAUUUCUACACCACACAGGACACGUGUACUGACACUUGUAGCCCAGACGACAUGCAGGACAGCUUCACAGACUAUCCUGACAGCGCUCUACGUGCAAACCUCAUUGGUAGCCCGGAUGGACUCACUGUGGAAGCCUGCAAGGACAGGUGCCUGACUGACAAGCGUUGCCUCACCUUUGACUUCAAAGCCAGUGGAGGUCAAUGCCGACUUCAUGAUGUCACCGCUCAUGACUCUCCCUCCAACUGGUAUCCUAAGACGAGUAAAGGCUGGACCCACUACCAGAAAUCCUGCAAGUCCACUUUUGCCACACACCAUACCUGGCACAACUUAGUGUGCCACAACAAGAUUGAUUGCCCUGACCCAUACAGCGAUUGUUUGUCAGGACGAUGUGUAUGCCAUUUUGCCUUCAAUGAAACCGAGAAGAAGUGUCGUGUUGCAAGGUCAUGUGAAGACUGGCAGGCGACUGGCGCAAAGAGUGGUGUCUACACCGUUGAGCUAGCAGACAACAAAGGAGCUCUCACAGUGUGGUGUGAUAUGGACACUGCGGGCGGCGGCUGGCUGGUCUUCCAGAGACGUCGUGACUUCACAGUUGACUUCAACCGGAACUGGACAGAAUAUGUAAACGGUUUUGGUGACAUCUCUGGAGACUUCUGGCUGGGCCUGCACGCGAUUUACGAACUGUCAAGGUUUAGAGAACUGUCAUGGAGUCCAAAUGGUAUGCUCUUGAGAGUGGACCUGGUGGCUGAGUCCGGGAGACGCUACUGGGCACAAUACAGGUCUUUCUUUUUGGAGGAGUCAGAUUACUACGCAAUUUCUGACGUGUGGCGCUACUCUGGUGACGCAGGAGAUUGGUUAGAUGGCGGUAAAAUCUUUCAUACCUAUGACCGAAACGAUUACGGCUGUGUGACAUCCACUAAGGGCCCCUGGUGGUACUUGAAUGACUGUGUCAGCCACGUUAACCUCAACAGCCCUGAUAGAAGGUUCAUGACUUGGGCUAAGAUCGGCCCCCUGACUUUCUCGGAGAUGAAGAUAAAGCCAGAAUGGUACUAACACCACUUGUCUCCUGUACCCACUGCUUACACCACCAGUCCACUGUUCACUGUUCACUACAGGUUCCAUGUGAGCUCAGUGUACAUUAAUCUUUCGCAAUAGUCUAGCAUCUGACCCUAGUGAAGAAUACUGUAGUUUGAUGGUUUACUUUGAGUAUAUUACCUGGUGAUUCUAUUAUACACGUGUUGUAUUAUUUCUUUCACAUUUGGAUGUGCUUUGAACUAACAUAUUUACAAACGUAAAGUCUAAGUUUAAUUAAUUAAUUCAGCAUUUAAUUGUGCCUAGGUUAUAGUAAACGUGUCAUAAACUAUAUAUUAGCUAGACACCUGAUAGUUUAUAGUAAACGUGUCAUGAACUAUAUAUUAGCUAUACACCUGAUAGUUUAUAGUAAACGUGUCAUGAGCUAUAUAUUA